UAUGUUUUGAAAACAACAAAUAGGCAUUAGAAAAAGAAACAAAGUAACAAAUCAGCAUUUUGCUGAAUCUAUAUUAUAAAUAAAAUAAUAAUAACGAAUACAAAAUAAAUGCAUACAAAAGACUUAAUAGAUCACCAGGCCAUAGAGGACAUCAUACUAACGGUUUCGAUACGGGAUAGAAUUAAAACUCAAUGAAUUCACAUUGAUGGUUUCACCCAGAGUAGGCUACUAGACUCAAAUUCAUGAAUUACAGCCCUCCCAACGUUUUACUACAGGCAAAGCGUAUCAUCCAUCAAUCAAUGCUAGUCGAAGACCUUCAAAAAGAAAGCCAUGAAUCCGCUUCUUACAGCAUAGGCAAACCACUGGCUGCAAAUUCAAGAAGGUUUGCCGAAAGCAAACGAUUUUCCCCACCAAACAAGUUCUAUCCCGAACAGAGUUCAUCUAUAUAAACUGUUAUAAUGUCAUUACCGCAGUUAUUGCUUACAUUAGACUUCAACAACACAGAGCACCAUGAAGCUUCACUUAAUUCUAUUCUGCGCAUUUAUUGGCGCCACACUUGCCUUCGACAAAGAGGAAAAGAAAAAAAGCAUUCCCCUCCAUAUUCCGAUGCCAUCGCUUGAGCACAUACCAGUGCCGUUCGUGAAGCUGAACUUGGUCAAGGGAGGAGAGGUGAUUAAGCACGUCCCACAGGAAGUGAUCGAGGAAGUUCCGGUGGAGCAUCAUUACAGCGUCAAUAAACCAGUCGAAGUGAUCAAGCCCGUUCCGGUGACCAAGGAAGUGAUCGUCGAGCGCCCAGUUGAAGUGAUCAAGGAAAUCCCGAUCGAGAAAGUGAUCAUCGAUAAGGUUGAAGUGCCAUACGAAGUGAUCAAGCACGUGGAAAAGGUGAAACACAUCCCGAUCGAAAAGCACGUGGAAGUGAUCAAACAGGUGGAAGUGAUUAAACCCGUUCCCUACAAGAAGUAUGUGUUCAACAAGGUGCCCUCGACGAUCAACUACCAAAUUCCGGAAUACGUGAAAGUUCCGUACUCUAUUUCCACGAAGCCGGAAGGAAGCAUUGCUGAAGUUUACGGCAAGAGUGAAAGCAAGAAGGAUAAGAAAGGAUGGGGCAUUCCCAGUCCGAUUGGUUAUGUAAGAAGUUUAAUAAGCAGUAAGUGAAACAAUGUCAAGUGAACUGAUAAGAUUAUCAAUAAAAAUUAUUUAUUUGUAUACUA